AUGGCUGCAAGGGUGACCCUGCUGCUGGGGGUGCUGCUGGUGACACUCCACCCUAGGGAUGCAGCUCUCCUGGAAGCCAAUGGCAACCUGAGCUGCCGCUGUGCCAAGACCACCAGGGCCUUCAUCCCCCCACGCAAGUACAGCGGCAUCGAGGUGUGGCCUGUGGGCAGCAGCUGCCGGCGCCUCGAGGUGGUGAUUAAGCUAAAAAGCCAGGACAAGGUCUGCUUGGAUCCUGACAGCCCCUGGGUGAAGAAGCUCCUGCAGGACCUCCCUAAGCUGAGGAAGAAACAGGCUCCCCGCUGA